AUGAUGUUUUAUAUCGUAAAAGUAGUAACAAUAUAUUGUGUUAUGUUAUUAUGUGAUGUUCUAUCCGCCAGAAUACUUUGUGUUUUUCCAAUGCCGUCAAUAAGUCAUCAAAAAGUAUUUCGUCCAUUAACAAAAGAAUUGGCAAGAAGAGGGCACGAAGUUGUUGUGAUCACUCCUGAUCCUGGUUUCCCUAAAGGAAAAACGCCCGCAAAUUUAACCGAAAUUGAUAUUCAUGAUAUAUCAUAUAAAGAAUGGCAAAAAAUGUUUGAGAGCCAUACAGGUGAUAAAAAUGACAUGCAUCAUAUUAUGGAAUUACUAUUUCAACGUAUCACAGAAACUUUUGAAAAGCAGAUACAGACACCUGACGUACAAAGACUCAUAAAGGAAGAGAAUAAUAAGUUUGAUUUAUUAAUUCUUGAGGCGUGUAUUCGUCCUAGUUUAGGACUAGCACAUGUAUUCAAAGUCCCGGUAAUCCAUUUCAGUUCUUUUGGUGCAGUUUCUGCUCAAUACAAUUUAUUUGGCGCCCCAAUGCAUCCAAUAUUGUAUCCUAGCGCACCUAGACUCAGAAUAUAUGAUUUAACUUUAUGGGAAAAAGCAAAAGAAUAUUACAAUUAUUUUUACAUGGACUGGUUGAUAAAAAAAACAGCGGAUUAUGACUACGAAAUGGUAAAACGCAACUUUGGCAAUGAUGCGCCUUCAUUUGAUGAAUUGUAUAAUCGCAUAGAGUUACUAUUUUUAAAUGAACAUCACAUAUGGGCUGAUAAUCAUCCAGUCCCUCCUAAUAUCGUUUUUAUUGGUGGAAUAGAGGAAACUCAAAAGAAUAACCUUUCUAGGGAGUUACAGCAUUAUUUGGAUUCGUCGAGAUAUGGAGUGAUUUACGUCAGUUUUGGAACUAACAUAAUGCCUUCGUUAUUGCCACGUGAUAAGAUAAAUGUUAUGGCCAAGGUGCUAUCUGAAAUACCUUACGAUAUCCUGUGGAAAUGGGACUCAGGCACUGUACCGUCCAAUUCCAGUAAUAUAAAGUUUUCAAAGUGGGUGCCUCAAGCUGAUCUUCUCCGACAUUCGAAGGUCAAAUUAUUCAUAACUCAAGGAGGUCUGCACUCAACUCAAGAAGCUAUUAGCGCAGGGGUUCCAAUGAUUGGAAUGCCAAUGUUAGGAGAUCAAUGGUAUAACGUUGAGAAAUAUCUGAAUCAUAAAUUUGGAUUACAGUUGGAUAUAAUGACAAUUACAGAAGAAACGCUAUCACAAUCCUUGGACAAAAUUCUAUAUGACCCCAGUUACAAGCAGAAUAUAGUAAGGAUGGGGAACAUAAUGAAACAACAUCCUGUCAAGCCUUUAAAUCUUGCUGUUUGGUGGGUGGAGCAUAUAUUACGACAUGGAGGAAAACAUUUAAGGGCACCUACACACGGCAGUCUG